AUGAAUGAAGAUGGAGUGAACAUAAAAGAACUGAUAAACGCCAGAUUUCAGAAUCCAAAGUUUGUCUACGAUGGAAAGAGGAUGAGAGUCCUACAGGAAAGGAAGGUAGUUGACUAUACAUCGGGUAUUUGUGUUCAAAGAGUGAAAAGGAGAAUUGAUCCACUACAAGUCAACACGAGCUUUGAACUUUCCUCACAGAUUCUUAACCUAAAAUCCCCAGAGCUAUGCUACAAUGAUUUAUCCAGCCUAUUUACGACAAAGAUCGAGCAUGUCAGUGUCAACAAAGUCAAGUGCCCUGUUAACAUUGUCAGAUGGACUCCUGAUGGAAGAAGACUAAUGAGCGGAACAGCUACAGGGGAAUUCACAUUGUGGAAUGGCUAUGGAUGCAACUUUGAAACUAUCCUUCAGGCACAUGAAUCACCUGUUAGAGGGAUGGCUUGGUCUCCUUCGGGCUCGUUUUUGAUAUCCUCGGACAACUUUGGGAUAAUUAAGUACUGGCAUCCAUCGAUGAACAAUAUACAAAUAAUACAAGGACAUGCAGAGGCAGUAAGAGAUCUUUCAUUUUCUCACAACGAUAGUAAGUUUUGCUCGGCUUCGGACGAUUCAACAAUAAAGAUUUGGGACUCGAUUGAAGCAAAAGAGGAAUCAGUCCUUAGAGGUCAUAACUGGGAUGUAAGAGCAGCACAAUGGCACAGAUAUAAAUCGUUGAUAGCAAGUGCAGGGAAGGAUAAUUUGGUUAAGAUGUGGGAUCCACGUACUGCAGAGGAGCUAUGCACUCUACAUCAUCAUAAGAAUACAAUACUAGCCUUGAAGUGGAUGGGCGAUGAAAACUAUCUCCUUACAGGAGGAAAGGACCAGGUGAUAAAAAUGGUGGACAUUAGAACAAUGGCUGAUGUGUUUACCUACAAGAAUCACAAAAAGGAAGUUACAUCAAUAGGAAUACAUCCUUGUAUUCCAGAUAUGUUUGUAAGCGGAGGUACGGAAGGAGGGAUCUACUUUUGGCAAGCAUAUACUCAGGUGCCUUUGGAGGUUAUCGAAGAGGGCCAUGAGGGUACUGUGUGGUCACUAGAUUACCAUCCUGUGGGACACAUCCUAGCAUCUGGAUCUGUAGAUCAAAGCGUAAGAUUUUGGGUUAGACCAAGGCCAGACGAGAAUGCUGAAUCUACUGUUGGAGGAUUUGUUGAUGAAGAAAACAAUUCUGAUGGAGGAGCCAUUCCAGGACUGUAG